AUCGCGUGCCACACCGAACCUGCGCGCUGUGCUUCAGUGACGUCGCUCCAUUGGAGCCUGCGGUUGGAGCGCGAGUUCUUUUCACAUAUCAACCCGGAGAGAGAGGAGAGCGAGCGCACGGCGGUGCCAGCCGUGGUCAGCGCUUUGAGAGAACACUGUGAAAUCAACCGGGAGGGACAACAUCCUAGACAUGUAAUGCGACUGUGCAACAUUGUGUCUUUCCUGGCUGUCUGACGUUAUUUUUCUGCUCAACCAUUGAAGAGGAAGAGGUUUGUCGUUUACGUAUUGGAUUCCAGAGCACUGGGAACACCCCUGUCUCUAUUUCUCUUUCUAUUUCUCCCCCUCGGGUUGAAAAGUCACCAGAGUGGAAAGGAUAUUUCGGUUUAUUGGAAUUGUAGCUGCUCUGAAGAUGAUCUCCGGUGUUUUCUGGGAACAUUGUCUUGGAUGAGAACCUGUGAGCAUCAUGAGUACCAAUGCCUAUCAGCAGGGCUCUUUGGGCGGUGAGCGGAGCUCUGGACCUAUCCGGUGCCAGCGUUGUCGGGAGGUGUGUAAGGGAGAGGUGGUGCGUGUUCAGGACACACACUUCCACGUCAAGUGUUUCACCUGCACAGUGUGUGGGUGUGGCCUGGCUCGAUCCGGGUUCUUUCAGAAGAGUGGUGAGUACAUCUGUACGUCAGACUACCAACGUCUGUACGGGACGCGCUGUGACCGCUGUGACGGAUUCAUCACCGGGGAGGUGGUCUCAGCACUGGGGAGGACCUACCACCCUACCUGCUUCGUCUGCAGUGUCUGCAGGAAGCCAUUCCCUAUCGGAGACAGAGUGACGUUCAGUGGGAAGGACUGUGUGUGUCAACAGUGUUCUCACACACUCGUCACCUCCAACGAACCAAUCAAGAUCCACGGACCCAGCCACUGUUCGGGGUGUGGAGAAGAUAUAAAACAGGGACAGUCUCUGCUGGCGUUGGAGAAACAGUGGCAUGUCAGCUGCUUCAAGUGUCUAACCUGCAACAUGGUCCUCACCGGGGAAUACAUCAGCAAGGACAACGUGCCAUACUGUGAGUCUGACUACCACGCUCAGUUUGGGGUUAAGUGUGAGACGUGCAGCAGAUACAUCAGUGGACGGGUACUAGAGGCAGGGGGGAAGCACUACCACCCUACCUGUGCCCGCUGUGCCCGAUGUCACAUGAUGUUCACAGAGGGAGAAGAAAUGUACCUGCAUGGUGGUGAAGUGUGGCAUCCUUUGUGUAAGCAGGCGGCCAGAGCAGAGAGAAGACUCAGGCACAGACGUCUGUCAGAGACCUCCAUCUCUCCACCGGGUUCGUCUGUCGGCUCUCCCAGCCGCGUCAUCUGUGCCAGGGUGGAGAAUGAGAUACUAGACUAUAAGGACUUGGCUGCGCUGCCUAAGGUCAAGGCCAUAUACGAGGUCCAGCCACCUGACCUCAUAUCAUCCUACCAGCCCCAGCAUCAUCCUACCAUAUCAUCCUACCAGCCCUACCACAGAUACUCCUCAGAUGACAUAGAGACCUUCAGCUAUGGAGAGUCACCUGGGACUCUCUAUUCUCAGGUUAGUAACCUUGUUGUUUUGCAGUCACCUGGGACUUUCUAUUCUCAGAAGCUGUAUUACAAUAUAGACAAGAGACAGAGACAGUGUUCCAGCCCUGCCUACAUGGACGACUCUCCCUCCUUCAGCCGCCAAGCCAUGUCUCCCAUCACGCCUCGCUCACCGCAGCACUAUGGACACCCUGUGCUGGCUGCAGGCUCUGAGAGUGGCAGGAGCUCGCCCUAUUACGGCUCGCUGGAGGAGCGGCCUAGUACUCCUACCACAUACCACGCCCCCAAGCAUUUCCAUGUACCAGACAAUCUCCCAGCCACCAAAAGCAGGACCAGCGAAGAUCUAAUCACAUCCUCCAGACUGUCUACCUUCUCUCCAGAACCCUACACACAGUCACAGUCUGACUCCUACCCCUAUCCCAGAUCCCCUAAUGCUCUCCGUGCUCCUAGGAGAAGGUAUUCUACAGGAGGAGAUGAAGAGAACUGGAGUCACAGCAGUCUUCAAAGAAUCCAGAGUGGUAUAGGAAGGAUGAUCCUAAAGGAGGAGAUGAAAGCUAGAUCUGGUUGCUAUGACAACGACCCUUGGGGCAGCGCUCGGAAUUCCCGCAGCGGCAGCAAGGAGGCUCUCACCACUACCAGCUACAACAGUACCGGCUACAACAACACUGUCAAUGGCUCUCCUCGAUCCCAUUACAGUUUAGACAGUGACUCGUACAAGUCAGCCUCUCUACCAGGAUACAGGCGGAAUGGUGUCAACAGACCCCAGAGUGCAGCCCCAGACUACUACCAACAGUAUGACAGCAGCAGUGAAGUCAACUGGGGAAUUAGAGAAUACAAGGUUUACCCGUAUGAAGUACUGAUUGUGACCACCAGGGGGAGACACAGACUGCCUAAAGACGUAGACAGAGCCAGACUGGAGCGUCAUCUGAGUCCCGAGGAGUUCCUCCAGGUCUUUGGGAUGACCGUGGCAGAGUUUGACCGGCUGGCUCUCUGGAAGAGGAACGGAAUGAAGAAACAGGCCAGACUCUUCUAACCAUGGAGAGAAAGAGAAAAUCAGAAAACAUUGAGAGAAACUGUUCUAAGAGAGAGAGAGACUAUUAAUGA